AUGGGUAAGCGAAUUUAUUUGCUUGAGGAUAAGACUUUGAAAGAUGAAGUAUUAAGAAAAGCUCAUGAAUCUCGAUUUGCUACUCAUCCUGGGAGUACAAAGAUGUAUAGGGAUUUAAAGGAAUACUACUGGUGGCUAAAUAUGAAGAGGGAAAUAGCAGAAUUUGUGUCGAACUGUGGGAUCUGUCAACAGGUAAAGAUAGAACAUCAGAAACAUGCAAGGGAAUUACAUUCAUUAUCAAUUCCGGAUUGGAAAUGGGAGGAUAUUUCUAUGGAUUUUGUGACGGGAUUACCCAGGGGAAAGAAGGGGAAUGAUGCCAUAUGGGUGGUCGUGGAUCGACUAACAAAAUUUGCUUUGUUUUUUCCUAUGAAGAUGACUGAUUCGAUGGAUAAGCUGGCAAAAUUAUAUGUAAAUGAAGUAAUCAGACUUCACGGAGUGCCAAUUUUAAUUAUAUUGGAUCGGGAUCUAAGGACUAUUCAAACUCUUGAGAAUCUCCUAAGGUCCUGUGUGCUGGAGUUUGGAAGGAAUUGGGAGGAUCUCCUACUAUUGGUGGAGUUUACUUAUAAUAAUAGCCAUCAAAUUACUAUUGGUAUGGUUCCAUAUGAAGCAUUGUAUGGGAGCAAAUGUCGUACCCCAAUUUGUUGGGAGGAAGUAGGAGAUAGGAAGCUUUUAGGACCUGAAAUGGUACAACUAACAACUGACAAGGGUGCUUUCAAAGAGCCACCGCUUAUUGAACAAAGAUUGGGAACAGUAUCAAAAAAGAGUGUUGAUUCAAGAUUUAAAUCAGCUGUUGUAAAAGAUGGACCCAGUGCUCAUUUCUCUGCGACAUUCACCUAUGAAGAACUUUCAUUUGCAACAAACAAUUUUAGGUCUGAAUCUUUAAUUGGAAGAGGUGGAUUUGGUGCUGUAUUUAAAGGAAAGUUAGAAAGCACUGGUCAGGUUGUAGCUGUUAAACAGCUAGAUCCAUCAGGUAUUCAAGGCGACAAGGAGUUUCUGGUGGAGGUUCUCAUGCUCUCCCUACUGCAUCACCCUAACCUUGUCAACUUGAUUGGUUUUUGUGCCGAAGGAGACCAUCGUCUUCUUGUCUAUGAAUACAUGCCUUUGGGAUCCUUGGAAGAUCACCUUUUUGAUGUGACACCGCAUAUGGAGCCUCUUGACUGGAAUACAAGAAUGAAGAUAGCAGCGGGUGCAGCCAGAGGAUUGGAUUCUCUGCAUUCUGCAAAUCCCCCCGUCAUAUACAGGGACUUGAAAGCGUCUAACAUAUUAUUGGAGGAUGGUUUUAACCCAAAACUCUCGGAUUUUGGACUUGCUAAAUUUGGCCCAGUUGGUGACAAGUCCUAUGUCUCCACCAGGGUCAUGGGUACCUAUGGUUACUGUGCUCCUGAAUAUGCAUCAUCUGGAAGGUUGACCAUAAAGACUGAUAUCUACAGUUAUGGAAUUGUUUUGUUAGAGCUCAUCACUGGACAUAGAGCACUGGACGAGGUUAACGGUCAUCAAGAAUAUCUUGUUAACUGGGCACUUCCCUUGAUGAAAGACCACAACUUUUCAAGAUUAGCAGAUCCAAUGCUUAAAGGCAAGUACUCAAUGUCUGUCUUAAAGAAGGUUAUAGAAGUGGCAUCAAUGUGUCUCGGUGAAAAUGCCAAUUCACGCCCUUCCUCGAGUGAAUUGGUGCAAGCCAUGGAUUACUUGUUCUCUCGUAAAAAUGAAUCAAAGAAGGUAAAGAAUGACUGUGCCAAAUGGCCAGAGAUUGACUUCUCCCCAAGUCACUCAAAAAUGAUAUUAGACAAGGAUUUAGAUCGGGACCGUGCUGUGGCAGAGGCCAAGGUGUGGGGAGUGAAAUGGAGAGAAAGGCGAGAACAAAUUCAGCGAAGUAUUUCUGAUGAAGACAAUAGGUAGGAGGAACCUACUACUAAGAAACGCCCCCUACCUCAGAAGAUUUUGACUGUUUAACUUAGUUAUAAACCAGGAGUUUAAGAUCCUUCCCUGUAGUCUAUUCCUUUGCCUUAUGUUUAGGCUAAUUCUUUUUUUUUUACCCUCUCCACUUGGGUGAAUAAAAUUCAGAGUCGACAAUAAAUUUGAAGUCAUUUCAAAUUGGCCGGCUUGUCAAAGUAUGGCAGAAGCUGAUGGAUUCAUUGUAAGCUUGGCUCCUCGCCAAGAACCUGAGGUUUGGUAUAAUUUGCUGGUUGAUUUUUUUAUUUAUUUAUUUUUUUAGAUUAAUAUGGGUAUAUAGACUAACUUGUAUGUAUCUUGAUUAAUUUUAUUUUUUAUUUGUUAUUUUUAUCUUCUUGGAAAUGCAGUAUAUGCCAUAUAAUUAUGGUGGUUAGUGUAUAGACAGUUUAACGAAGUUUACGUUUAAUUUCCCUUUCAUAGCUACGAGUUUAUUUUUAUUUUUAUUUUUUUAAUUUCCAAGUAUUUCCAAACUUAGAUGGCCCAAGUGUCCGGGCCACAAAAGAAGAAGAAAAGGAUGAAAAAGAAUU